AUGGAAAUCGCGUUGAAAAUAGCAGAUGUCGCCUGGAAAAUAAAAAUUCUGGUCGAUAAAGUUCGUGCAAAUAAAAAACGAUGUCAUCGUUUGAACGAUCGAAUAUUGGUUCUUGUUCCAUUGGUUCAACAAUUAUAUGAAAAAAAAACAUUGACAAAGAAAUAUACAACAGCAUUGGAACGAUUACUCGUUUGUAUUGAACAGUGUUAUACGUUUAUAAAGAGAUUUACCGAGAGUAAUUGGUUUAUUCGAGUUUAUGAUCAAGCAUGUCAUCGAGAUGCAUUUGAUGAAUUAAAUCAAACUCUGUAUAUAUGUGCAACAGAUUUAAAUUUAGCUUUAGCUGUACAACAUCAUUUCAAAGAUGAACAAGACGAUAUUGAUAGACGUGAUGAUCAAGAGUUUCUAUCGAAGAACUUCGACAAAAUUAUUCGAUUACAAAGUGAACAUUCACAACAGCAUUCAACUCAACUGGGCAAUAUUGAGCGUAUGUUUCAAUCAUUGAUCGAUAAUAACAAACAGAAUCUUGACGCAUUAAUGGAUGAUUACAAGCGACAAAAAAUGCGUGAAGAAGAAAAACUCUUCAUUCAUGUUCAAUACAGUCAAGUCAUCUUUGAACAAUUAAUCGCUAGUGCAAGUUCGGGUAAUGUGUACAAAGGACGAUGGAGUAAUUCGAAAGUUGUCGUCAAAGAACUAGCAAUUUCAGCCAUGAAAGGACAUGAAAGAGAAGAAUUUGUCAAAACGGUAGAGAUUCUUACACGUAUUCGUCAUGAAAACAUUGUACAACAUCUUGGUGCAUGUAUUGAAGAACCAAAUCGUUAUCUUGUUCUUAGUGAACUAAUGCCUUUGGGAUCUUUGAAUGAUAUUUUACGAGAUAAAAAAUUGGAAUUUACUUGGAUCGAUCGUUGGUCCAUUGCUAAACAGAUUACUAAUGCUAUUCUCUAUCUUCAUACAUUUUGCUCACCAUCGAUUAUUCAUAAAGAUAUCAAAUCGUCGAAUAUUCUUUUGGAUUAUUAUGGUGGAAAUCGCCGAAAAUAUCGAGCGAAAAUAAAUGAUUUUGGAUUAGAUCAAAUUCAUGGUGCCAUCGGUACUUUAGCUUGGUCGGCACCGGAAACUUUACGAACGAUGAAUCGACGUGAGUUUAAUGCAGCCAGUGAUGUUUAUAGUCUUGGCGUAGUCAUGUGGGAAUUGGCUACAGGUCAAGUACCUUAUGAAAAUCAAUCAUCCGAAGACAUUAUUCGUCAUAUUUCCAAUGGUGAACAAUUACCUGUCUCGUAUGAACAUAUUCCACGAAUGUAUGCAAAUAUUCUUUAUCAAACAUGGAAUGAAGAUGUAGACGAACGGCUUUCCUGUGGACAAGUAUUUGCUCGUUUAGUCAUCGGUUCGAAAAGAGUUGAUUUCAAUGAAGAUUUUUGGCCAGAUACCAUGAAAUCAUCACCUAUUCGUCUCAAUCCACCCAAUGUUUUAGAUCAUCUCUUGGUAUUAAAAUAUCAAUUGAAUCAGCCAACGGAACAUCGAAAUAUACAAGCAAUUACCGAAGCUAUUAAUGAACUAUACAAUUUAAAGAAAACCAAUCCAAAACCAAUUCCUUCCAUUUUUUUUAAACAUUUGAUUGAUAUUGGUGAAUCUUUCUUCGAAGGAAAAGUUGAUGCCAACUCGUACAUCGGUAUGACUUGUCAAUUAAUUGCUCUUCUUGCUGAAAGAUCUUCAAUGACUGAGAUUAUUAUCGAACAAGGUGGUAUAGUCUUUCUUCUUCAUGUAAUUCAACAUUUUGCUGAUACAGACCAAACUAUAGUGAAACAGGCAGGUGAUGCUCUGAGUAAAUUAAAUGGUGAAAUUCAAAGUGAUACAUCAAAAAGUAAACAGGUUUCUAAUCAAAAUAAUAUAGAUACGAAAAUUGGAUACAAAUCAUCUCCAGUUUCAACAAAUAUCGAUGAAUCUGAUCCAACAAUUGUCUUACAACAAAUAACGAAACAAGUCCAAUUGGAAGGUUGUGCAGAUGAAUAUGUAUUGAUAAUGAUCGAAGAACUACUUCGAGAUACGUCGGAUAAAGUUGACGAGAAGGCUUCAUAUAAAAAGGAGACUAAGAAAAAUUCUUCAGAGAAGAAAUGGCGCAUCACAGAUAUCUUUGGCAAGAAAAGUUCUGAACGAAAAAAAUAG